AGCUGGCGUCGCCGCAGCCGCUCGCCGAGCCGCGCCUGUCCACUCCGAGGAUGAGGCACUCGCCGGGCCCACCCGCGUCCAGCGGCAAGCCAGCCGCGGCCGCGGCCGAGGAGGCCGAGCUGGAGCUGGCCGCCGCCUCCGCGGCGUCGCGCCUGGCCGAGGAGCUUGCCUCCACCGUCCUGGAUGGCCCCAGCGCCGAUAUCGGCGGCGUUGGCAGAGCGGCGGGGCGGCCGGUGCUGGGCUACUGCACGCCGAUGGGAGCCAGCAGCGCGGCCGGCUCCGCGAGCGUGUCAGGCCUCGAGUGCAGCGCCAGAGCUCAGCAUUGUCCAGCUGGUCCCCGUCCCCACGGGGCCCUGGUGGUGAUGGGCCCGGCGAAACCCUGAGGAACCGGCGCGCGUCUCCACCCAAGUGGGUAAGUCGGCCAGCAGGGGGGCCAGGGCCACGCCAGUGGGUAUGAUGAGGGAUCGGCUAAACGAUG